AUGGAGGAUCCGGACUUCAACGACCCCCUGCCACCCCCUUCCGCCGCCCCCGCCCCCGCCGCCGCGCCCGCUGCCGCCGCGCCGGACGCGGCGGCGGUGUCGAGCCUCACGGCGAUGGGCUUCGGCGAGGACGCGGCGGCGGCGGCGCUGGGCGCGUGCGGCGGCAGCCUGGAGCGCGCGGCGGACUGGCUGUUCAGCCACAUGGACGACCUCGAGUCCGCGGUCGCGGCCGCCAAGGCGGCGGCAGCAGGCGGCGGCGGUGGGGUCCCGGGUGCCAGCGGCGGUGGCGGCGGCGGCAGGGCGGCGGCGGCGCCGGCCAAGCUGGAGGACGGGCCAGGGCGCUACCGCCUCGUGGGUAUCAUCAGCCACAUGGGCAGCAGCACAGCCUGCGGGCACUACGUGGCGCACGUGUUCAAGGGGGGCCGCUGGGUCAUAUUCAACGACGAGAAGGUCGCCGCGAGCGAGGCGCCGCCCCGCAGCCUGGGCUACAUGUACAUUUACGCGCGGGAGGAUACGCCCGCAGCGCGCGCCGCGGCAUCGGCAGCGGCGGCCGGCACCAGCUCGUGA